CUCCUACAUAAAAUCAAAGCUUAAGUUCUAGGGUCAUUUAAAACCCAUUCAGCAAAGAAGCUGUUUGUUGAGUUAGACUUUAGUGCUAUUGCAGAUGAAUUUGAUUACAACUGGACACAUUAUUCACAUAGAGAACACCUAUCUAAUUUUUUCAAUGUGCUUGGUUAUCAAACAAGAAGAAAAAUAGUAGAGAUUCUAAUGAAUGUCUCUGAAGUGGAGAGGAAAGAAAAGGAGAGCCUGUGAUAACUGCUUAUGAUAAUCCACUUCUUGAGAAACCAUAGUAUUGAGAGAAGAUUUCAAGAUACUAAAUCUUAGAGAAAUGGCUUUCAUUUGUUUGGAUCUUAGAUGCCUAUUUAUCUUUCUAAUUUGCACAGAAUUUAGCUCUACUUUCUCUUCAAGCACAGAAAUAAAAGGUGCCUCACACGUGCAAACCAGGUGCUCUACCACUGAGCUGAAGCCCCAGCCCUCCACGUUGAAUUUUUUAUUUCUGUACAAGCAGUUUCCAGAGAAUCAAAGUUACAUUUUGGAAAGCAGCUAUGCUCAUCAAUAUUCCACUAAUGCCACCCACCAAGUUAAUCCUCCUCAGGAUUUUGUGAUAGUGGAUCCUGGAUAUUUAGGUUAUCUUUAUUUACAAUGGCAACCUCCACUGGCUCUGGAAAAUUUUAAGGAAUGCACAAUAGAAUACGAAUUACAGUACAGAAACAUCAAUAGCAAAAGAUGGAAAACCAUCAUUACUAAGAACCUGUAUUAUAAAGAUGGGUUUGAUCUUAACCAAGGGAUUGAAGCAAAGAUACACACACUUUUGUCAAGGCAAUGCACAAAUGGAUCAGAAGUGCAAAGUUCAUGGUCAGAAGCUACUUAUUGGACAUCAGAACAAGGAAGUCUGGAAACUAAAAUUCAGGACAUGGUUUGUGUAUAUUACAACUGGCAAUAUUUAAUCUGUUCUUGGAAACCUGGCAUAGGUGCACAUUUGGAUACCAAUUACACCUUGUUUUAUUGGUAUGAGGGCUUGGAACAUACAUCACAGUGUGUCGAUUAUAUCAAGUCUAAUGGAGUAAAUGUUGGAUGCACUUUUCCCUCUUUGGAGUCAUCAGACUAUAAAGAUUUCUUUGUCUGUGUUAAUGGAUCAUCAGAAUCCAAGCCUAUCAGAUCCAGCUAUUUCAUUUUCCAACUUCAAAAUAUAGUUAAACCUUUGCCACCAGACUAUCUUAAUCUUACUGUGAAGAAUAUAUUUGAAAUUAACCUGAAAUGGAGCAUACCUAAAGGACCCAUUCCAGCUAAGUGUUUCAUUUAUGAAGUUGUGCUCACAGGAGAUGAAACUUCCUGGAUGACCACCACAACUGAAAAUGAAAUCCACAUCCCGAGAACAUCAAAUGAAAGCCAACAACUCUGCUUUUUAAUAAGAAGCAAAGUGAAUAUUUAUUGCUCAGAAGAUGGACUUUGGAGUGAGUGGAGUGACGAAGAAUGCUGGAUAGUAGAUGGCGUACGGAUGAAAACUAUGGUAUUUUUUGUGAUACCAUUUAUUUUUGUUUCAUUUUUUAUUUUAUUAAUAACUUGUCUGCUUUUGUAUAAACAGAAAGCUGUACUGAAAAAGAUUUUUCUCACAAAAAAAGAAGCUUUUUCUCAUCAAGAGACACUAUGCUGACUUACCAAUUUCUAGUUAUAUGGCUGAAGGUUAAAAUGAGUUUUAUUAAAUGGAACUUCAAAUGUUGAUUACAUGUUACUGUAAAACUUUGUUGCAUCUAAAUAAGUUUUAGAGUACUGAAACCCUCAGCUAGUAGUAAAUUUACUGGAUUUUAUGAAGUUUUUGUUUUCCUCAUAAAUCUGUAGUGAUAGUGAUGCACAUAGAGAAGUCAAGGGAUAGGUGAAAUUUCUAUUCAAUGAUGUAUUAAUAAAGUGAUGUGAUUUUCCAACUUGCCCUGAGUCUGGAGAUAUUACAGAGUUUUGAAAAAUGA